CCUACUAAUCUCAUCUCAUAGAAAAAGUAAAACCAUAAACACCACCCUUCUUCUCUACUUUUCAUUUUCACUAUCUCCUCUUUCCAAAUAAUCUCCAACAAAACCCAAAAUCACUUUCUCUCAUAAUCAAAAGUUUCAUCCUUUUCCACCCAUCACCAUCUCUCUCUUUAUUUUUUCUUUCCCUCACACAAACACACCCCACUUUCCCUUUUUUCUUUAUCAUCACCCCAAAAAUCAAAAUGCAAUCAUUCACUUCCAUUCUUUUCCUCUCCUCACUCCUUCUUCUACUCCCACCUUUCACUCUCUCCGGUCUCCUCUCCCAACCCGUAACCGACCCAAACCAAAACCAACUCCAACCCGGUUCAAACACCGUCCCCGCAUUCCCGGUUCAAACCCAAGCUCAACUCUGUCGUCUCGACCUCUCCAACGAACUCUUCGGCGGCGUAAAAGACGCAUGCGGCAAAAACCUAGACAGAAGCCGAUGCUGUCCGGUUCUCGCUGCAUGGCUUUUCGCCGCACAUGCUCGGUCAGCACUCGAAAUAACUACCGCUGCAGCAGCUCCGGCUCCGGCGAGUGGUGAACUUCCGAUGAUGCCUGAUGAUUCACAGAAAUGUGUUAACUCGUUACAAGAGUCGUUAUUGACUCGGAAUAUUCGAAUUCCUCAACCUAAUGCUACGUGUGAUGCGAUUCUUUGUUUUUGUGGAAUUCGACUUCAUCAAAUAAGCUCUUUGAGUUGUUCAGCUGCGUUUAAUGUUUCUGGUUCGCGUAAAAAUGCUACAACUGUUGCUGUAAGGAACUUGGAAAAUAAUUGUCGUAAUGCUUCUUAUGCCGGUUGCACUAAAUGUCUCUCUGCGCUGCAAAAGGUAAAGAGUUACAAGAACGGAACAAAAGGAUCAAGUGAAAGGGUUAAGAAGAUGUUUAACAGAGAUUGUGAACUAAUGGGAUUAACAUGGUUAUUAGCAAAGAACAAAACGACAUACAUACCUACCGUUUCAGCUGUUCUACGUGCAAUGAUGUAUAGUGCACACCCACAUGAAUCAAAGUGUAGUCCAGAUCAAGAAAACAUGCCAUUAGCCGUUGAUUCUCUUCAAUUUGAAAGUGGUCACGCUCCAUCUUGGCCGUCCAAAUUAUGGGUUACUUUUUUAACUUUAAUAAUGUUAUUUUGUUCUUUUGUUUAAAAAAUGAUGUAACUGUUGAGUUGAAUUUUUUUGCUUCUCAGUGCCAUCCUCUUUCAUUUUCUCUCUUUUUUUGUCCUUUUGGUCUAAUUCUUGGAUGCUUGUGUCACGUGAAGAUGUUAGGCUAAGGGACAAAAUCAACAUUGGAGGAUGUUUUCUAACGAGGUUUUUAUUUUGCUUUGUAAAUGACUAGAUCAUGUGUAUUAUUCAUGUCUGUUACUGCCUCACAUUUUACUUAAGAAAAUUAAAAGAGGCUUAUUUUUUGGUACA